GCUCGUUGUCCUCUCGGCUUGUUUACACGGAACAGCUGAUCGAUAAAGAAACAGUUCCAUGGGUUCAAACGGUUUCUUCAACAUGGAGUGGCAGUUGUGGGUUCAGAAACAGUAAAAAGAAAUUUUACAUCCAGAGACGACUUCUCAAGUUGCUGGGACACUUCUGAUUAGUGCGUGGAUGAGUACGACAGCCAUCAUGGAUGACUCAGGUUUGGAAACCGAAGUGAACGACAGCGCACUCGAAUUCUUUGCUGUUAAGGAAGAGAACAUUGAAGACUUCUGUGCGGAAAGCUAUCACGAAAUAAAAGAUGAAAUUAGCAAGUGUAUCGGCGGAGAUAAUACUAGCUAUAUAAAGACUGAAGUUAGUGACGAUGUAAUAGAAGACAGCACUUACUAUUUAAAAGAUGAAAUUACCAAGGAUAUAGGUGGACACAAUACUAUUUAUGUAAAGGCUGAAACUAGAGAGGAUGUAGGUGAAGACGGUUCUGUCUAUAAGAAGGCUGAAGUUAAUGAGGACAUAAAUGAAGAUAAUUCUAUCUACAUGAAGGAUAAAGGUGACGAUAAUUCUGUCUUUAUAAAGGCUGGAGAGGUAUAUAUAAGUGAAUUUCCAAAACUAGAACGAACAAAUUUUAUAGAUAUGGAAAUAAACAAAAGCAACUCGAAUUUACUGUGUGAAGUUGGAGAUCCAUUAAAAGUAGAACAGUCGGUAAUUGAUAAAUGUGAGGACACAAGCUCAGCAGACAGUCAUGAGACGACAGUUAAAGGUGUUGGUGAAGAUAGGGAAGAAAAACAUUUUGUUUGCCACAUAUGCAGCCUUCAAUUUUCUUGCAAUGCUCGUUUGUCAGUUCAUGUGAAAGUGCACGCUAAAGGAAGGCCGCAUAGUUGUGAGGUUUGUAGCAAGUCAUUCUAUCGUAAACCGCAUCUAACUCGCCAUAUGAGAGUGCAUACGAAAGAAAAACCUUAUAGAUGUGAGGUUUGCAGUAAGGCAUUCUCACAGAAAAUUACACUAGUGACUCAUAUGCGAGUACAUACAAAGGAGAAACCUUAUAAAUGUGAUGUCUGUAGUAAAGCAUUUUCACAGAAAACUGCCCUUGUGAGUCACACGAGAGUGCAUACAAAAGAGAAACCUUAUAUAUGUGAUGUCUGUACUAAGUCAUUCGCACAGAAAACUGCCCUAGUAAUUCACAUGAGGAUACAUACACAAGAGAAACCUUAUAAAUGUGAAGUAUGUAGUAAGUCAUUCUCUCUGAAAGGUACUUUAGUGAAUCACGCUAGAGUACAUACAAAAGAAAAACCUUAUAUUUGUAAUUUAUGUAGUGCUGCAUUCUCGUACAAAAGUAGUCUAGAGGAACACACAAACGAAGUGCAUAUGAAAGAGAAGCCUUAUCCCUGUGAGGUAUGUAACAAAGCUUUUGCAGGAAAGAGAGCUCUAGGAAAACACAUGGCAGUGCAUACGAAAGACAAACCUUUUAAAUGUGAAGUUUGCACCAAAUCUUUUUGUUAUAAACACCAUCUAGUUCACCACAUGAGAGUACAUACAAGAGAAAAACCCUAUAAAUGUGAUGUAUGUGGUAAGACAUUCUCACAGAAAACUACUCUAGUGAUUCACAUGAGAGUGCAUACAAAAGAGAAACCUUAUAAAUGUGAAAUAUGUAGUAAGGCAUUUUCUCUGAAAGGUACUUUAGUGAAGCACGCGAGAGUACAUACAAAGAGGAAAGCUUACUUAUGUGAUGUGUGUGGUAAAGGAUUCUCCAGGAAAAGUCGUUUAAUGGAGCACACGAAAGUAUUACAUAGAGAAGAGGAGCCGGACAAGUGAGGACAAUGCACGUGCCUAUGCAGCCGUAUCAUAUGUGGAUCUAUGCAGUGCAUAUAAACAGAAUUAUGAAGAUGUAGCUUUCGGACACACCGAAGGUAAAAGGAAACGCGCAAAGUCCGUUUUCUCUUUAUUGUCACCAUCGCUCCACAGAAGCCGAAGGCAAGGCACUUCCUCGGCACUGUCUCGGUUUCCUCAGAACCAUCAUCACGAACGUCGACACAAACUCCCCGGUGGUCCUUCCAGUCGUGGCAUCGUCUACUUUGUACUUUGUUACAUCAAUAAAUAUUUUCUCUAGGAGUUGC